CCACACACAGCACUCACAAACACACACACACACACACACACACACACACACACACACACACACACACACACACACACACACACACACACACACACACAGAAUUUGACAUAUGAGGGAGAACUGUCAUUUCAAGGAAUUAUUUGACUCACUCGAUUUCAAGUCAGUCGCAUGUCUCCCUUCCUGCUAUAAUCAUGACCUUCAGGUCGUUGUGUGAGAUUUCGUAUGACUUACAGUAGCUUACAGAACCUUCUGAUAAGAACCUCCCAGUCGGACCAACCACAUGAUGGGAGCUACACAGUUUCAUGUGACCGUUUGCUGAGCAGAGGAGACAUCAGGGGACAACAAGCACUUGUUUGUCUUGUCUUCAUUUUUUGGUCAACGCUGAGAAAGACCAGCUGAAGAGAAUCUGCUAUGCAGCCCGUCCAGUGAACCUGACAAAGACCACAGGCCAUCAUGCAGAGCAUCAAGACGGUGGAGACACAGGUGCCCUUCCUCAAAGAGAGCUUCUUCACCACCACGUUCAGAGGCAGGAGAAAGAGCAGCAUGUCCGACCUCCUCCACAGACAACAGCACUAUGCACAGCUGCUCCCCGUGCCACAGCAGCCACACAUCCUAGAGCAGGAUUCGUCGCGACAGCAGUGGCCCCAGCCUCCUGGCGACCAGGGGGGGGCAGGGCAACCGCAGCAUCCUCGCCUGGCGCGCUCCACCAGCAGCCCGUUAUGCAAGACCGCUGAUCGGCCGAAGCGGGAGGGGCAGCGAGAGAGCAAGGAUGAGCGAGCGAGCGUGGCUAAGCCGGGGAGGGAGGGAGAUGGAGCGUUGAGGGGUAGUGAGACCGUGACUGCCGGCGCCAGUCUCCACCUCUCGUCAGCAGCGGUAGAGGCAGAGGCGGCAGCAGCGGCAGCAGCAUCCGCCUCUCAGGCUCCCGUGGUAGGACGUAGGAGGCAGAGCUUCAUCAGGAGAGGAUCUGCGUUGUUAGUCGCUGCCCAAGUGGGGGUCAGCUCUGCCCAGGCUCGUACCCCGCAGCAUGGCCUGAUCGCAAAAGGAGUGCGCCUCCUCAGGAAUAUGGGGAACCAGGAGGCGAAGCAUAAGAAGGCAGGAGGUCCCGGCGAUGGGGAUCCAGCCUGCGAUGGAGACAGGGGAGCUGAUGGCAAGGUGGAGGAAAAAAAACCGAAGAAACCCCUGAGCAACGCGAGCAAAGGAGCUGGGGCAGAGGAUGUUUCUAAAAAAAAAGAGUCUAAGGGUUCUGUGUUUUCCAGCAUGCGGAUCAGAAAGAGCUUCUCCAAGGCAAAGGGCCUCUCCAAGCAGGAAACCUUUGACAUCAACAGAUCCACCGCCAUUGAUAAAACAGACCUUGGUGCCAAUGUGGAAAGAAGUCUGUCAACCGAUGACAUUAGCACGAUCUCAGAUGACAGUUUUCCCGGGGACAGAAAUCGGUCCAUGGUGGACGAGGGCGACAGGGAGACGAGCUCUGCCUCGGACCCCGACCUUUACAGUUUCCACUCGGCGGUGGCGGAUCACGAGGACCUCCUGUUGGACAUCGAGCUGACCAUCAGACAGCAGCACUUUGGGGCAACAAAGGGGGACAACCUAAACCUGUUGACCAAGGGGCCCGCAGCUUCUGAAACAGAGUGGAUGUCUCCGCCUUUACCAAUCGCAUGUAUAGAAGCAGACCCAACUGCUACCCUCAGUCACACAAAAGCUGAAGACCAAAUUGGUCAAGUGGAGACCGAGUCAACCCCCAAGAGACCAUCCCUUUCAAGAGACCCCUCCGAACUAGGGUCUCCUAGCGAGUGUGGCCCUUCCUCAACCUUGGCUGUAGACACAGAGAUAAUCAGUGGCAGCCUCUUUCAAAAAACAAACAGCACUUUCAGUUUGCUUGACACAACUGUAUACACCUCCUUUGAGAGCGCAGAGGGCUCCCAGGACCUCAGCCCAGUGUUUAUUGAACCAGGUGACAUAGCGUCCCACUACGUAGAUACGUGCCUUCCCGAUAUACUUUUAGCCCCCUCGACUGGCGCACUUAUGGGACCGCCCAAGAGCGUAAGCAGCCUUGACUUGACUCUGACCAGGGAAGAGGAGGAACCGGGAAGGCAGGACUUCCUGUCUCUAGAUCGACGCAAGAGCCACCAUUCCAUGUCGCUGGGAAGCCCCCCUGGAGCCAUUCGGAGACGGAAGUCCUCCGUGGCCUCCGGGGUCAAGCUCUAUCCGCCCAUCCACCCUUCGUACGUCAAGACCACCACGCGGCAGCUCACCUCCCCGGUCAGCUCCCCCUUCACAAGCCCCCAGGUGCCCAGGAGGACCGAGGACGACGGCCAUGACGCCGUCGCAGGACACGACCUGGGUCUGAGGGUCCGCCGGCAGAGGUCCUGCUCCGUGGCCGGGCCUCCCAGCGCCUCCACGGACUGGUCCAGAGAUCUGGACGAGCUGAGAUCCGGCCAGGACGGGGACGAGGGGUCAGGCAAGAGGAAUCAAUCGAGUGGGGCAUACUGGACACUGGGUUCCAAGAGAGCGCAUGGCCGCCACAAGAGCUCCAGUUCCACAGGGUCCUUCCUGGACGUCUUCUCUGGCCGGACUCUCAUGGAGAGGAUGCGCCCCCACGCAGAGGGCGUGUCUGCGGGGGAAGAGGCCAGAGAGCUGUGCCUCCACAUGCUGGGCCUGGGCCUCCUGCAGCCCUUCAGCGACGGGGCCGUCCAAGAGCCGCCGGCCGACUUUGAAGACACCCUGACAGCGGCAGCCUUCAAUGAGGAGCAGCUGUACACGUGGGCGGCUCUGGGCCUGCAGGUGCCAAGCCAUCUCUGGGAGCUGUACGGCGGGCGGAAACCCGGGAGGACACUGCAGGGGUUCCCCCCAUCCAGCAUCAAAACACCAGGAGGAAUAAACUGCCAGAGCCACUCCGUCGGGUCAAAGUCUCCGUCCCCCCCAGAGGACGGCGGCCGCCUGGCCCCUCAGCUGGAGCGCACCGUGGCCGAGCUGCGGCUGCAGGUCCGAAUGCUCCAGGGCCGGCUGGCGGAGGAGGAGGCCCCCGGUCGCCCCGAGGCUCCGGGCGGCCCCGGCCGACACAAGCCUCGGCCGGCCGGCGCCGGGGGGCCCGGCAGGACGAGCCAGGAAGCCUCGGCCCAGACCUCGCCCGCGGACGAGGGGUUCCGCUUCCAGGUGCCGUUCAGCCGGGGGUCGCCUUCGUCGCCCUCCGUUCCGGCCCCCCUGCCUUUGUCUGGCCCCGUUGUUCUCAGGGCAACGGGGGGCUUUGUUUGCACCUGCCAGAAGGGGCAGCAGGUGGGCAGCACCUCUCCACCACCACCCCCACCUCCACCUCCACCACUUCCGGGGUAUGGUCUCUCCCUCCCUCCCCCGCCGCCUCCCCCACCUUUGCCAGGCAGUGCUGCCCCUCCUCCUCCUCCUCCUCCUCCACCUCCUCCACCUUUGCCUGGGCAGGCAUGUCCGCCCCCCCCUCCACCACCACCACCCCUACCCGGGUUUGGUCCCCCUCCACCACCACCUCCACCCCCCGGGUUUGGUCCCCCUCCACCACCACCUCCACCCCCCGGCUUUGGGCCUCCUCCACCACCACCUCCCCCUGGGAUGGGCCCACCUCCUCCACCUCCACCCCCAGGCAUGGGGCCCCCUCCCCCGCCAGGGUUCGGGCCCCCCCCUCCCCCGGGGGGGAUGCCAACCAUGAUGGCCCCGGCAGCGGCCACUGGCAAGGCCGUGUUGGAACCCUCCAAACCAAUGAAGCCCCUCUACUGGACCCGCAUUCAGCUGAACGCCAAAAAACACGGCGGCUCUCUGGUGUGGGAGAAGAUUGAGGAGCCCACGGUGGAUUUUAACGACUUUGUGGAACUCUUCUCCAAAAGUACCGUCAAGGAGAAGAAGAAACCCAUAUCAGAUACCAUCAGCAAGUCCAAGGCCAAACAGGUGGCGAAGCUGCUUAGCAACAAGCGGUCUCAGGCGGUGGGGAUCCUAAUGUCCAGCAUUCACCUGGACAUGAAGGACAUCCAGAACGCCAUUCUAAACAUGGACAACAGUGUGGUGGACCUGGAGACUCUGCAGGCCCUCUAUGAGAACAGAGCCCAAGACGAUGAGAUGGAGAAGAUCCAAAAGCACAAUAAGGCAACAGCAGAGAAGGAAGAAGCGAAACCGUUGGACAAGCCUGAACAAUUUCUCUUCCAGUUGUCCCAAAUCCCCAACUUCUCUGAACGGGUCUUCUGCUUCCUGUUCCAGUCGGCCUUCCGAGAGUGCAUCUCCUCCGUGCUGCGGAAAGUCGAGAUCCUGCAGACCGUAUGCAAGACGCUGCAGAGCGGAAAGUGUGUGAUGCAGAUCCUGGGUCUGGUGCUGGCGUUUGGGAACUUCAUGAACGGGGGGAACCGAUCGCGAGGCCAGGCUGACGGGUUCACCCUGGACAUCCUGCCGAAACUCAAGGACGUUAAAAGCAGCGACAACUCCCAGAGUCUUUUGUCCUACAUUGUUGCUUACUAUCUACGGCACUUUGAUGAGGACGCGGGCCGGGAGUCAUGUGUCUACCCUCUCCCGGAGCCUCAGGACCUGUUCCAGGCCUCGCAGAUGAAGUUUGAGGACUUUCAGAGAGACCUCCGCAAGCUGAGGAAAGACCUAAACGUUUGCACAGCGCAGACGGAGAAGGUCUGCAAGUCGUCUUCGGAGGAGAAUCUCCAGCCCUUUAAGGACGAGAUGGAGCAGUUUUUGAUACAAGCCAAGACAGAGCUGGAGGCGCAGGAGAAACAGCUCGCGGCCACUGAGGAGAUCUUCGUGGAGCUCGUGGUGUUCUUCUCGGUGAAGCCCAAGUCGGGCGAGAAGGAUGUCUCCCCCAACACGCUGUUCUCCGUGUGGCACGAGUUCACCUCCGACUUCAAGGAGCAGUGGAAGAAGGAGAACAAGACCAUUCUGAAGGAGCGGGUAAAAAUGGCGGAGGAAUGUUUCAAACAGGCCAAGGAGAAGGCCGCCUACAGCGUCAAACCUAAACACGCCUCCGGAAUAAAAGCCAAACUGAGUCAGAAGAUUUGAGGCCUGGACUGGGAAGCAUCUUUUCCAUCGCUGUGCACGAGGUUGAGGAAUCCAUGUUGUCCCAGUCUGACGUGACCCGUCUUGACACUUCUAUAGCUCUGCGUGUUCCUGUGGGCUGGUUUGUGUUGCUUCCAGAUCUGCAGGUUGUUGUUGGCACAUUCAAAGUAGAAGAGUAAUAGAGUGGAAUAAAAAGGUGUGAACUUUCUAAGGUUGCCACUAUUUUAUAUGGCUCAUAAAAUGAGUCGAAGCAGUGUGAAGAAAUUAUGUAUAUAUAUAUAUAUAUUUAUGAAUAGAUAUAGAUAUAGCAAAGUAAAGUGGUUGAAUUCAUGACUUCAAAGAGACUGAAUUUCAAAACCUAUUAUUCAAAACAUGAAACAAACACUGGAAAGAAAUCAUUUUAUUGAACAUUAGCUGUAUUGUGACAAUACCACUGGAGCUUUAUUCUAUAUUUUUAUUUACAGACUCAUAGUGCAUAGUAGGUGUUUAUGAGCGUAUACAAUGCCAUAACCUUUGUCCUCGGGAUUCAGCAUACUUUAUUACUUAAAUCGUCUUUUACCUCCUGGUGUGAAUCCACUGAUGUUGCUAUAUGUCUUGCGAUAUUUUUACGUCAUACGUGUUGUCCUUUCCAUGUCCAGUCCUGUCCUUUUGGAGCAACAGAAUCAUUCCUUGUGAUCCCACAUGAAUUUUUAUUAAAAUGCCUUUGACCGUAAAA